AUGACUAUUGCGAGUCAUUCUACUGAAUCUUGCUAUUUAAAUGAAGAUGAUAAUGAAAACGAUCAACGUCGAAAAAGUUUAUUAAAUGAUCCAAAUUAUGGAAUAGUUCUUUGUUUUUUGGAUAAAUUUCGAAAUAUACUUAGUUUACCUGAUUAUCCAUUACAACGUUUUGAAGAUCAUCUUGUCAAUUGUCAAGAACCAAAUUCACCACGUCUUAUUGACUUUCAUUUUACUCUUCUCAAACGAUUAUCCUUAGCAAAAAAUGCUCAACAUGAAAAAUUCGAUUCAAUUAUUACUAAAUUUGCUUCUCGGUUUGAUGUACACGAUAGUGAACAUUUAAAAACAACUGGUUAUUUACAAGCAGAUAUUAAUUUAAAAAUUCGAACUAUAAAGAAUUUACUUGAAAGUCAAUUUGAUGUAAAUCAAAUCUUAAAAAAUUCAUUAAUUAAUAAAUUAGCACGUGAAAUAAAAUCUUCACCAUUAGGUCGUGAUCGUUUUGGUGUUUCAUAUUGGUUUUUUAUGGAUAAAAAUUGUUUUGUACGAUUAUUUCGUGAGGAUAUUAAUAUUGAUCGGACAUGGACUAAUAUUGCUAACAACUGUGAUGAAUUAGAAAAUUUUAUUAAAUUAUUGAUUACUGAUUUUGUAGUACGAAAGAAAUUUCCUGAUUGGAUAAUUGAUUAUGAACAAUUUUCUUCUUUACAACCAUCAAAUGAUUUUGAACAAUAUUAUUCUCCUACUCCAGUUAAUGUAAACAAAGAAGACGAAGAAGAAAUGAAAAUAAUUUCGGAUAAUGAUGAUGAUAAUUCUAAUGUUUCAAUAAAAAAAAAACAUGGACGAUCGAAAGCUUCAAAGAAAUCAUCAAAUAAUAAAAUCAAUACAGAAAUAAAACAAGAAGUUAAAACAUCAACUCGUCGAGGUAGAAAACGAAGUUUAUCUAUUGAAGAACAUUACAAUGAUGAUGAUGAUCAUCAAAUUCCACAAGCAGAAUCAUCUAUGGAUGAUGUUUGUCUUUCAACACGUCGAUCAUCACGACUUCGAAAAGUAUCAAAUUCUGUUGUUCGUAGUAAAACUAUUUCACAGUUUCCUGGUGCAAAAAAGAAACGUUCAAUGAAUAGUAAAACAAAUGUUUCAAAUAAUCGUCGUACUUGUCGUCGACGUAAGACAAAAUCUCGACGAAAUAUAGAAGAUUAUCUUUGUUCAUCAACAUCAAGUUCAGAUGAACAUAUUGAUUAUUUAUCUGAAGAUGAAUAUAAUUCUGAUGAUUAUCUUCCUAAUCAAUCACAAAUAGAUAUUGAUAAUAAUUUCUUUGAACUUGAACAAGAAGAAAAUACUGAACCAUUACAUACAACUAAAACAGCACAAACAUCAACUACCAUAACAUCUUGUUGUGUAUGUUUACAAAAUGAUCGACCAGAAAUAUUAUUAUUAUGUAAUGAUUGUAAUGAUGGCUAUCAUUUAGAAUGUUUACAACCUAUACUUUUAUCUAUACCUAAUGAUGAUUGGUUUUGUCCAUUAUGUGAACAUAAAAAAUUAUCAAAUUGUUUAAUUGAAAAAUUAAAAGAAUUAUUAAUUAAUAUGAAUGAAAAUGAUAUGAAACAACGAAAACGUCUAUCAAAAAAAUCUUUUCAAAGAAAAACUAAAACUAAAAUAUAUAAUAGUGAUGAAAGUAUAACAGCAUCAGAGUCUGAACAUGAAGAUUUAGAAAAUUGUAUACGUAAUGAAGAAUCAAUAUUAUUAACAUGUCAAACAAUUGAUAAUAGUAAUUUAUCAUCAUCUUAUUUUGAUGAUAAUAAAUAUACUAUAAGUCAACGUGGUCGUCAUCGACGUAUUCGUUUUGAUAUGAAACAAUUAUUUGAUGAUGAUAAUAAUGAUGAAUUUAAUAAUAAUUCAGAUACAAAUGAUGAUGAUGAUUAUAAUGAUAAUAAUGUACAAAUAACAAACUUUAAUUUAGAAUUACCAAAAAAAAUUACACGUUUACUUCAUCGUCGUGAUCGAUCAUCAAUAAAAAAUCAUCAACAAACAAAAUCAUUAACAACACGUGUACGUCAUAAUUCAUUUGAUUUAAAUAAUACGACGGAAUUAAAUGAAAAAAUUGGUUCACCUAUUGUUUAUGUUAAUUCAGAUGAAAAUUCUCAUCAUAUUAAAUCUUUUAUAACAAGUUCUAAGCAAACAUCAAGAAUUUUACGUCGGUGGAAUGAUGUUCAACGACGUAGUCGAUUUAAAGCUAUGAACAUGAAAACCACUAAUGAAACAACAUUAUUAGAUUGUACUGAUGAAAAUUCAUUAUUUUGUCCUGAUGAUAUAUCAUUAUCACAUUCUAAUGAUAGUUGUAGUAAUAGUGCAAUAAAAGAUGAAAAUAAUUUAAUUAUUCAUUCAAAUACAAGUUUAGCUCAAUCAACAAAUUCAAUAUCAAUUGAUAAAUCUUCAUCAAAAAAUAUUGUUAAAAUAGCACAUGUUAAUUUUGAUCGUCUUACUCGUGAUAUUCAGUGUGCAGUAAAUGAAGCACAACUAUGUCCAAUUACAACAACGGCUAAAGCCACGUAA